AUGGCAGAAGUGGCGCCAGGAAACAGUCUUCCUGCUCAUGGUGAUCAAGACCAAAUCAGCGUGGAUCAUGGAGAUGACCAAUCCUCCUUCACUUCAGAUGCCACACAGACUGGAGUCAAGAACAUAGAAGCGGUCAGUCAAACAUGGACUCAAUCGUCACUCAUUGCCGCUUAUCUUGGCAUCUUCCUCGUGGCCUUCUGUACCUCCCUCGAAGUUCAAACAACAACAAAUUUGACCGUGUACGCAACCAGUGCUUUCGCAGAACACUCGCUAGUUGCGACUGUCUACGUGGUUCAAGGCGUGGUCAAUGCCGUCAUUAAGUCUCCGAUGGCCAAAAUUGCAAACGUUUUCGGUCGACUAGAAGCAUUUUCCAUCAGUGUCUGUCUUUAUGUCAUUGGCUACAUCCAAAUGGCUGGCUCCAACAAUGUCAAGACUUUCGCCUCGGCUCAGAUCUUCUAUUCCGCUGGUUCCACAGGCUUGCAAAUAUUGAUACAGAUAUUUGUUGCAGAUACUAGUGACUUACUCAACAGGGCGCUGUUUUCCAGCCUACCAGAUGUCCCAUUUCUGAUUACCGUUUGGGUUGGUCCGCCGAUUGCCAACAGUGUACUGGCCCACACCACAUGGAGAUGGGGCUAUGGCCUGUGGACCAUUGUUUUGCCAGCAGCUUUCAUGCCGCUGGCUCUCGCACUGUUCCUGAACGUGAGAAAUGCGGCAAGGCUGCAUCUUCUUCCUCCGUCUCCGUGGAAGGGUCAAAGUGUAGUCGGAGGUUUCAAGCAUUUGUGGUACGAGCUCGAUAUCAUCGGCUUGCUGUUGCUCUCGGCUGCUUUUGCCUUGAUCUUGAUUCCUCUGACGUUGGCCGCAACUGCAAAGAGUCACUGGCAUAAUGCCAGCAUAAUUGCCAUGAUUGUUAUCGGCUGUGUCUGCCUUGUCGUGUUUCCCUUUUGGGAAUCCACUCGCAAGCUAGCCCCGCGACCGUUCCUCUCAUUGCGUCUCCUGACAAACCGUAACGUGCUCGCCGGCUGCGGCAUUGGCUUCUUCUAUUUCGCCGUCUUCUAUACCUCGAUCCAGCCGUACUUCUACUCGUAUCUGCAGGUUGUGCAAGACGAUUCGGUGACGGCAGCUGGCCACAUCGUCCAAACCUUCACUUUCACAUCAACAGUAACGGCAAUUUGUAUAUCCGUCAUCAUCAAAUAUACCCGCCAUUACAAGUACUACAUCACCGCCGGUGCUUGUAUAUACCUCAUGGGCGUUGGACUAAUGAUACGCUAUCGAUCGCUUGGCAGCUCCACAGGUCAAAUCGUGGGCACGCAGAUUGCCGUGGGCAUUGGCGGCGGAAUGCUUAACGUACCGGCUCAACUGGGCGUGCAAGCUGCUGUAUCGCACAGCGACGUGGCUGGCGCAACCGCUAUAUUUCUCACUGUUGUAGAAAUUGGCGGAGCGGUAGGGAAUGCGAUUUCAGGGGCCGUCUGGACGGCGAAUAUCCCCGCGAAACUAACUAAGUAUCUGCCUCCAGAUGCGCAAUCGGAUGCUGCAUUGAUCUUCGGUAAUCUGACAAUCGCGAAGAGUUAUGUGGGAGGUAGCCUGGAGAGGUUGGCCAUUGACCGGAGCUAUCAAGAGACGAUGGACCUUUUGCUGAUCAUCGCCGCUUGUCUUGCCGCACCAUUGAUACCUUUGAGUCUGCUAAUGAGGGACUACAGGUUGGAUAGUAUUGAUCAGAACGUCAGAGGGAAGGUUAUUGGACGUGACAGGGCGCAAGACGAAGGGCCCCCGGAAGUGCAAGGGGAUAGGGAAGAAGCGCGAGAGAGAGGCUUCCUCUGGCGUUUAUUGAGGUGA